GUUUCUCUUGCUUUCCCCGGCGCCUGGGAAUCACAACCUCUUUUCUUCCCGCUUCUUUUGCACACACACCACACUCUCUUCUUCAUACAUCACCGCAGCGUCAUCCUCUGCCAUUCCCCCAACCGGGAUAUUACACGCUCGCGCUCCUUUCAUCGCCUAUACCCUUCCCUUAGCCCAUCCUUCUCGUCUGCCCUGCUUAAUAUAGCCCAUCGGCCACGCUCCUCUCCUUUUCCCACACGCCAAACACAUCCCAUCUCGUUGUAACACGUCUCGGGGCAUGCAAUUCUCAUAUUACCGGCUUCCCCUCGCCACCUUGCAACGUAUCUGACGCUGCCAGAAUGGCCCAGCAACAUGAUUCGCGGGCGCCUGAGCCAGAUGAUCCUAUAUCCGCCGAGGCCGCUGCUGCCAACGGCGUAGAAAAGGAUGCUGGUGCCGACGGCGCUGCGCCGUAUGGUACGCGCUCCCGCAACAGGUCGGGAAACCCGCGGCCAAACUAUGCGGAGGACAAGGAUAUUGAAAUGGACAACUAUGACUACUAUGACAAAAAAGAAAAUGACGGCACCAAAAAAUCAUCACGUCUUGCUGCUUCCGCCACGGCAAAUGGCGACUCAGCUCGCGGCGCUGGAUCGCGCAAGCCAGCCUCGGAGGACUCCAAGGCUGCGCCGUCACAAAAUGGCACCAAGGAUGCCAACUCAACCACAGCCCCAAUUUCGCAGAGCGCACCGCCGGCUGCUGCUGCUGUGUCGCGGAAGCGCAAAGCGGCAUCUGGCCAGUCGUCUGCGACAUCAACAGCAGCGCCAUCUCGUCGCGCCGGCAAUGCGACGCCGACUGGGGCGACGAAUUGGCCUGACUCCAAUAUGCUGACGUUUGACAACUGCAAGGGCAUGCCCAAAAAUGGACAGCUGAUUGCAGACGACGGCACAACGCUUGAGCCCAAUGAUCAUGUUUACCUGGUGUGCGAACCGCCCGGCGAACCUUAUUAUUUGGGACGCAUUAUGGAAUUCCUGCACUCUAAAAAUGAUACCACCAAGCCUGUGGACGCGCUGCGAAUGAACUGGUACUAUCGCCCCAAGGAAAUUGGGCGUAAGUCUACCGACACGCGGCUGCUUUACGCUACAAUGCAUUCCGACAUUAGCCCACUAACGGCGCUACGGGGCAAGUGCCAGAUCCAGCACCGCGUUGAAAUCCCCAAUCUGGAAGAGUACCGAAAGACGCCCGACAGCUUUUGGUACGAAAAACUCUACGAUCGCUACAUCCAGAAGAGCUACGACUUAAUUCCCACGUCCACCAUUGUCAACGUCCCCGAGAGAGUCAAGAAGGUACUUGACGAGCGAUGGAAGUUUGUCUUGGUUGAGCAGGGGCGUAGCAAGGAGCUCACUAGCGCCGUUAAGCUCUGCAAGAGAUGUUCUGCCUAUUGUGCAAGCAACGAGUCUGUGGAUUGCGCAGUAUGUAAAAAUACAUAUCACAUGAACUGCGUUAGCCCGCCGCUCCUCAAGAAACCCUCGCGUGGUUUUGCCUGGUCGUGCGCUGCCUGCAGCAGAGCGCAAGAACGCAAGUUGGAGGCAAGGCAUACAGCAGAUGGCGUCGACGGUGAAGAAGACGAUGUCAUGGAUGAGGAUGACGACGAACUUGGUGCCGAUACGAACAGGACGACGCCUGCACAAGAGGUUCACCACGCGGAAGGAACGCCGGAGCAGAUCUAUCAAGCUAGCCUCUGGCCAUACCGAUAUCUCGGCGUGCAUUGCUCUCCUGAAGAUGCUCUCGACUAUGAUGAUCGAAUUUAUCCCCGCGCCAGCACUCGCAUUGGCCCUAGACACCAAGCCAACGUGUUGCCGUAUCCUGGACAGCCCGUCGAGUACGUCAAGCCAUUGGACGUCCGACGUGGAAAGAAGGGAGGUCAGCUCAACAAAGACCAGCUUGCCGCUCUCGAAGCAGAAAAAGCAAAGCGUAGUAGUCGACCAAAGUGGGUGCAGGAUGAACCCCCAGGUUAUACUGUACGAGGAGAAGACCAUGACUUUGACGACCCGGACUGCACAUCGAUCCCCAUGUGGGUUCGCCCACCGGAGGAUAAGCCACCCAUGGAGGAGGUGAUUGCAUACAUGGAUGAGGCAAGACCGAUGGCAAAGAAGUUGGAUUUGCCAAAUAAUUCGACAAAUUUGCAAGACGUCGCUCUCACAUCCUAUCUCCGCCACGAUUACGACGCUGAAAAAGCCUUGGAAUCUCUUCCAACACUUCCACGGGCCGAAUUCGACGAGCCCAAGCUGACAAGCACAGAUGAAAAGAAGUUUGAUGAAGCCGUUUCCAAAUACGGCUCCGAGCUCCAUCUAGUAAUGAAGCAUGUCAAGACCAUGACACCUGGUCAAGUCGUUCGAUACUACUACACGUGGAAAAAGAGCGAGCGUGGAUCCAAGGUCUGGAGCAGCUACUCUGGUCGCAAGGGCAAGAAGCAAGCCAAGUUGGCUGUAGCAGCGGCUUCCAAGAUUGCCGACGACGUAGCCGACAAGGACGACGAUUCUGCAUUCGAUUCAAACAAGGCAGCGGAGAAGAAACGUACCUUUAUUUGUCAAUUCUGCUCAACAACGACAUCGAGGCAAUGGCGCCGAGCCCCGAAUGCCACGCAAACGUUUUUCGAAGACCCUACCGGCAAGGGAGGCAAGUCAGACAAGGCGAACCAAGCUGUUGUGGCUCUGUGCCGAAGGUGCGCGGAGCUUUGGAGACGCUAUGCCAUCCGCUGGGAAGAUGUCGAAGAGGUUGCCAGGAAGGUUGCUCAAGCAGGCGGCAAGGCCUGGAAGAAGAAGCAAGACGAAGAGCUCCUCAAAGAGAUUCAAGCUGUGCAGGACCUGGGUCUCACCCCCGAUAGAGACUCAACUCCUCUCAGUGGCAUCAUUAGUGCAGCAGGUCUUGAGCCACCGCGGAAGAAGCUCAAGGGUGGCCUGGACAAGGAAUUUGAUGCUUCCCUGUCGGAUGCUGGGAGUGUUUCUACGUCGACAAAGCGCAAAGACCGAACCAGCGAAAGCACGCCUGUACCAGACUUGCCCAAACCGCGCGUCUUGCCAUGUGCUAUAUGCGACCAGCUCGAACCCCAGGGCGAUCAGCACGUUUCUUGCCGCGAAUGCAGACUCACUGUUCACCGCAGCUGCUACGGCAUAAUGAACAACAGGGUUCAAGGCAAGUGGCUGUGUGACAUGUGCGCCAAUGACAAGAAUCCUCAAGUUUCAGUCGACUACCGAUGCAUUUUGUGCCCUGUUGAACAUACCGAACAGGACUUUAUCGACCAGCCCAAGCUUACACACCACAAGAAGAAAAUGUCGGACAAGGACCGUGAACGCGAAAAGGUUGAAGUACAGCAAGCACGACGAGCUGCCGAAUUGUACCGUAAGCGCCAGGAAGAGCUCAACAGACCAGUCAACCCAAGAGAGCCUCUUAAACGCACUGCAGACAACAAUUGGGUCCAUGUUACCUGCGCGGUCUGGAUGCCUGAAGUCAAGUUUGGCAGCUCAAAGGCGCUACAACCAGCGGAAGGCAUCUCCUCUAUUCCUCGAUCUAGGUACGAAGAAACCUGCAAGGCUUGCAACCAGGUCAAUGGAGCGUGCAUUUCUUGCCACCACUGUCGGGCAAGUUAUCACGUUGAGUGCGCAAAACAGCAGGGUCACCUCCUCGGCUUCGACAUUACACCUAUCAAAAGCUCUCGCCGGGACCAGUUUAGCAUUGUUGCCAUCAACGGCGAAAGUGGUACAAUGGCGGCUACGCUCUGGUGCAAAGAUCAUGUGCCAGCGAAAACGAUUGCCCAUCCCAUCCACGAGGUUGUUGAUGAAACCGGUCUCACGGCGUUGCAGUUGUUUGUCCGAAACUACAAGCAGGCUGAUAUCUUGCUAACCGGCGGCGUGCGCAGGGCACACCUGAUGUCCAGCUUUGCCAAGGUUGCUCCAAUCAGCUCCUCUGUGGGCAGCAGGCGUACAUCGGGAACCACUGGUGCGAAUGGAACCUGGGCAAAUGGAACAAAUGGUGAUGCCCAUGAUGGCAAGACAGAACAAGCUAGUUCCAAAGUUUGCAUCAGCUGUGGUGUGGACGUCACACCAAAGUGGUGGCCUAUUGAGAACAACGGAACCGCCAAUGGCCAUCAAGAGGCGAUUGGAUCGGAGGCGCAGAAGUUUGUGGAACAGCGUAUGCACCAGUGCCAUAAAUGCAAGAAGAUGGCACGCACUCCACGACCACCUCAACCUCCGCCAGCACCAGCGGCCCCUCCAGCCCAAGAGAUGAUGGAUGCUCCUCGAGUCUAUCCGAAGGAUACAUCACCACACUCAACCCAUUUGCCAAUGCUGCGUAGCCCACCGACACAAACCGACUAUCGUGAAUCUUCCAACCCGCGAUCGGCAUGGCCAAGGACUUCGCCUUCUCCUUCUGACUGGCCCAAGCACCACGUGAAUCCACCACCUGUCGCACCUCCUCUGGGCGGGCGUUAUGCUGCACCACCUCCUCAGGCAUACCCUCCUGCGCCGCCACCCAGAGCUAGUCCUUAUAAUGAUUGGAACCAACGACCAACUAGCCAGCAUGGCUCACCCCCUCGUCGAUAUGAGAUGAGUGCUUGGCCGCCCGGCCCGCCUGCUGCACCACCACCACCACCAAUGUCUACAUAUGGUAUGCUGCGUAUGCCUCCCAACCCGCCUCCUUCGCAAGGCCCACCACCACCUAUGCAUAGCAACGGCCUGCCUCCAUCCCCAAGACGAUUGGGAGGACCAGCACCGCCGUCGCCGUACACGUCGCCAUAUCACGACUCACACAACCACCGACAGCCAUUGUCUGGCCCAGUCAAGCCAGGGCUACCACCUGCGCGAGACUCGUUUACACAUGGUUUGCAUCCUCGGGGAGCGCCCCCAUAUGUGACGGGAGCACAUGGCAGUCCACCACCAGUGCAUAACGGACUUCACCCGGCGCGCGAGCCGCUGCCACUACCACGGGCACCCGAAACCAGACCUCCAAGCGGAGCGAGUGCGAGCCCAUCGCUUCGCAACUUACUCUCUUGAGAGGCUGGACCCGAUGAUACAGACUUGUUCCUUUUCAAGGUUUCUGUUUCCUAUUUUAUUAACAUGGCUAUGAAAUAUAGUCGUUCCCUUUCUAGCGACGACUUGUACUUUUAUACACAGAGCCUUGAAAGAGUUUUGGUGUUCGGGGACGAGAGUUAAUUUUUCUGAUCUUGGGGUUAUCUCCCCGUUUCUUUUUAUGUUUGUUUAUGGAUGGAGUUUAGGACGACGAGACAAGUUUCAUAUACACCACGGGCUUUGCUGUUUUAUUUACUGCGACUUUUGUUUCUUUUAUGUUUUUUUUGGAUGGCUGAGAGAGAGAGAGCGGCUGUUUAGGUGUCGCCCAAGAGGGUUGAUUUUGGAUGGCAAAAGGGGCACUUGGCGCAGGGAGUUUUAGAGCCCAUUAGAGAUCGGUAUACUUGUUGUUUCUGUAACACUAGGCAAACUAGCUAUUUUUUAUUCAAUUUUUUUCCUUGG